AUGGCCAGGCUGAGCGAGCAUGGGAUUCGCCUGAGUUCCAUGAGUCCGUCCUUCCUGAACAGCAACUCCACGAGUCACACCUGGCCGUUCAGCGCGGUGGCAGAGUUAAUAGAUAAUGCGUUAGACCCCGGUGUGUCCGCCAGACAGAUCUGGAUAGAUGCUGUUCAUGCCGGCGACCAGCUCUGUCUGACUUUUACUGAUAAUGGCAGUGGCAUGACUCCCAGCAAACUGCACAAGAUGCUCAGCUUUGGCUUCACAGAGAAGGGCUCGGGUAAGGCCAGCCUGCAGGCCAUCGGGGUGUAUGGGAACGGCUUCAAGUCGGGCUCCAUGCGCCUGGGCCGCGACGCGCUCAUCUUCACCAAGAACGGGGGCUGUCAGACGGUGGGCCUGCUGUCUCAGACCUACCUGGAAAACAUCAAAGCCCAGGCUGUCAUCAUCCCUAUCAAUUGGUAUGUCAGGUAUGUCAGCGUGAGUCAGGACACGAGGUGUAUUCAGACUCUGUUAUGUCCAGACCUUAAUUUGACAUCACAGUCGCUGGUUGUGACCGAGGACUCAGAGGCCAGCCUGGCAGCCAUCUUCCAACACUCCAUCGUCAACUCCGAGGAACAGAUCCAUGCUCACUUUGACUCCAUUCCCUCCAAAAAAGGCACCAAGAUAUUAAUCUGGAGUGUCCGCAGAGCCAAAGACGGUAAGACGGAGAUCGACUUUGAGAGUGAUGAAGCAGACUUUCGCUUGCCUGACAUCCAUGUUGAAGAACUCAAGAAGGGUCUGAGGAACAGUGGAUCCCUGAGACCUGAGCAGAAUGUUCCAGACAUGUAUUACAGCCUUAGGGCCUACCUCAGUAUCUUGUACCUGAAGCCGAGGACUCAGAUCAUUUUGAGAGGGAAGAAGAUCCUUGCCAAACUUGUCUCAAAGAGGCUGACAUACAUUGAGCAUGACGUGUACAAACCGCAGUUCAGUAAAGAAAAAGUGAAGGUGACUUUUGGCUUAAACCCCAAGAACAAGGACCACUAUGGCAUCAUGAUGUACCACAAGAACCGACUCAUUAAGGCAUACGAGAAAGUGGGCUGCCAGCUCAAGACCUCCGGUCAGAGAGCAGGGAUUGGGGUCAUCGGCGUCAUCGAGUGUAACUUUCUCAAACCUGCUCACAACAAGCAGGACUUUGAGUACACCAAAGAAUACAGACUCACCCUUGGAGCUUUGGGCCUAAAGUUGAACGACUACUGGAAGGAGGUGACAGAGAAAAAAGCCAGAGAGCGAGAGUUUCAGGCUCUAGACAAAGAUGACAACGAAGACAAAGAAGAAGCUGACGAGGGCCCCAUGUGGUUACAGUGUGAAGAGUGUCUGAAAUGGCGAAGCGUCCCCUCACACUAUUAUAAAGUGACUCCUGAAAGUUGGAACUGCAGCCAGAACCCCAAUCCCCGAUACAGAAGCUGCUCGUCACCAGAGGAAGCAGAGGAGAGAGAAGAGCAGUUAACACCAAGCUACCAGAAAAACCACAAGAAACCACAAGAGAUAUAUCAUGAGUGUUUUGUCUGUCACUACGAAGAGGAAAUGGUUAAACAUAAAAUUUUGUCACGCAGUUCAUCAGAGCCUUUUCAGCCUACAUUCCAGUUUAAAUAUACGCCUGAGCAUUCGCCUUCACCCAUGAGUCGCCAAACUGAGGAAAAGACAUUUGAAAAUGAUGACUUAAACACACAAGACCUCUCAGAUCACCAUGUAGACACCUACACAAGUGAUGAUGCAAAGACACAGCCAUCCACACAACCAAAAGAGAAGCUUAUUGGAAGAGACUCCGUCAUUAAAGAUAAGAAUGAACUCAUGGAGGCACAAACACAUUUGGGAAAUGGUCAGAGGCUUGAAACGACGGGGAGUGACAAAAGGGGGGACACAUGCCUGGAGAGACAGGACGAGCGCAUCAACUCUUUAAGCCUCAAAAGGAAGUCAGAAUCUGUGUAUUACUGUGUGAUCAACAAGAAGCAUGUGGAUGGACAACAGUUUGACCCAGGAAAUGCCACCAAGGAUCCCCAUCUCGUCAAACCGACAAAAAUAAUCAGGAGGAACAGCAGUGGCCCAGUAGAACAUUCGGACACUUUGCAGCAAAUCCCCGCCUCCCACCCCAGGGUCCAGUCUCUCCCUGCCACCCAGACCAUGGUGGUGUCCCCUCUGAGCAGAAGAGAGGCCUCACAGAGCAGGGUGCUGCCUUCAGAGGGAGGAGAUACGGAGGCCAAAGUGUUGAGGCUGGCUGCGCUGGAGAAGGAGGUUCAGAAGCUCCGGAGCAUUCUGGGCCAGGAGGUCACCAAGACGACCCAAGGCACGAUGACGACUGAUGACAGCGGUGCUGAAAAGCUGAAACAGGGUCCCAUUAGACCAAAAGCAUCCAGAGAGGUCGGCUGUCAAACCUACCUGGCUGAGCGGUCAUCUUCAGCCACUGGCACAGUGGUUCAGGGUCCCGGGCCUCAGGGGCUGCUCAUGCAGGGCCACAGAGCUGUGUGUGAUCCAAAGGAGCCGGCGGAGACUAACAGACCCAGGAAGGAGCGGAGUGAGGGGCAAGGCAGGAUGACAGCGGGCAACAGCGAGGCCUGUGACAACAGCAGAUCAGCCCAGCAGAAUCUGUCAGAUAUCCGUAACAACGUGGUGGUGCUGCUCACGGCCCUGCUGCCCCAGCUGGACCUGAGCGGCAUCAGUCUGGAGACGGCAGACGUGGACAACAUCCUGCAGCAGAUCAUAGACGUCAACUCUCUGAAACUAUGA